AUGGCUUCCAUGCUUUUACCCGUCAUGGUCUCUUUGCCACUCUUCCUAGGAAGACAACAAAUGCAAGGUAGCAAACAGAAAUGGCAGUAAUGGCAAUGAGAACGAAAUUAGCAAGAAUGGUUUCUGAUUUGGUUAAUAAUAAUAGUAGGAAUAAUAGCACUAUCAAAAUUUUUGAUCCCAUAUCAAGAACAUCCUCUACUACUGCUGCUGCUGCUGCUAUUGCUGCUAAUGCAAAUGGUCUGGGCUGGACGGCCCGGUAUUCAUCGUCGGUGGCGGUGGCGGAGGCGGAAGUGGUUGGGUCUAGAGGAGUUGGGAUGGAGAUACUGGGGAUAAAAGAUUACGAGGAUUACAGAAGGUCUUUGUAUGGCGAGAUUACUCAUAAGGCUUUGUUUGUUGAUGCUGUCGGUACACUUGUUAUUCCUUCCCAGCCCAUGGCUCAGAUAUACAGAGAAAUUGGGUUGAAAUAUGGGGUAGAGUACUCAGAGGAUGAGAUACUGAACAGAUACAGAAGGGCUUAUGAGCAGCCUUGGGGGAGAUCUCGGCUCAGAUAUGUAAACGAUGGAAGACCAUUCUGGCAAUAUAUAGUCAGUUCUUCUACUGGCUGCUCAGAUUCUCAGUACUUUGAAGAGCUGUAUAACUACUAUACCACUGAAAAGGCUUGGCACCUGUGUGAUCCUGAUGCUGAGAAAGUAUUUAAGGCUCUCAGAAAAGCGGGUGUGAAGCUGGCUGUUGUAUCAAAUUUUGACACUCGGCUUAGACCAGUUCUCCAGGCUUUAAAUUGUGAUCAUUGGUUUGAUGCUGUGGCAGUUUCAGCUGAGGUUGCUGCUGAGAAGCCAAAUCCAACAAUAUUUCUAAAAGCCUGCGAGUUGUUAGGAGUGAAACCUGAGGAUGCCGUGCAUGUCGGGGAUGACCGUAGAAAUGAUAUAUGGGGUGCAAGAGAUGCAGGCUGUGAUGCUUGGCUGUGGGGAAGUGAUGUCCACUCCUUUAAGGAGGUUGCAGAAAGGAUAGGGGUAAAGGUUUAGGAGGGUUUUCUCACACAAGAAGAUAAGUCUUCUAUCUAUGUACAGGUGAAUAGUGUGGCCUUGCUGUGUUUUGUAGAUAAGAGAAGUGAGGUGAGGCUAUUACUAGUGUGUUCUGAGAACUGAAACAGAUAAAAUAAAAGAGGUAGUGAGUAAUAAUUAAAGCUUUCUCUUUGCUUGA